GCCAAGGAGAACCAGGGAGAGCAAGAAAAUCCACCCAACCUCCUUCCUCCAUUGUUGAAGAAAGCUCAUCAAAGAGGAAUCACCCAAAAAGGAGCUAAAGUGCUAAAAGUGUGAAAUAAUUAAGGGACUUGUAAAGGGUAUUUCAAGUGAUUUCACAAAGUUGGAAAAGUCGCCGGAGUAGUCGCCGGAGUUGACCAAAAGUCGCCGGAGUUUCACCGGAGUUCAACCAAGAAGGGUAAAACUUCAAAACGCUAGCUCAAGGUUGAAGCUAGAGCUUGCUACUUGCACCUUCUCACGGGUGAUAUCAAAUCAGGGAGACGUGGUUCGUGCUUCCUUAUUUUCUUUCAAACUACCGAACACUUGCUCAUGGAUAUUUGUUUUACUACAAACUAUUUUUGGGGCUUGCAUGCCCAUGUUGUCGGCCGGUUGUGGCCCAUGACUUACCGUUGAAUAUUUCCGCUAUUCAUUGGUUUAAUGUGAUGUUGUUAUGUAUGUUUACUACUGAGUAUGGAUGGAUUGUUUUCUCGAACGCCUUGUGUAAUUAAGUGAGGUUGACCCGUGGGUGACGUCACUUAGUUAUACGGCGGUUGUACACGCGCUUGGAUUGCGGUCUGGGGCGUGACAAUUAAGUGGUAUCAGAGCCAUCUCAGUUCUAAACUAUAUAAUCAACCUCUCACAAAAGAUUUUGCAAAAGAGUUUUUACCGAAAACCAUGAGCAUUGUAUUUUGACGUUUAUAGGACUAUUGGUGCUUAAGUUGCAAGGCCUCUAAUUGUUAAGACGGUACCCUUAACAAUUGGUAUGGUAGUGACUUGGGCCAAUACGUGUCUGUAACGUUCUUCCGUCAGUUGACAUUUAUAGGAGUCUAAUGGCUCAUCCAUAUUUCUUUCAGAAAUAGAGGGCAGGCGAAUGAGGACCAGGAACAAUCCGAGGGGGCAGGCGCCGGUAGUACCCCAAAGGGGAAGCCGGGCUGCAUCUCGGGGUUCGAGAGGAGGCCGUGGAGGCCGUGGAAGCCGUGGAGGUCAUCAAGCUCAAUCUGUUGAAGCUAGAGCUUGCUACUUGCACCUUCUCACGGGUGAUAUCAAAUCAGGGAGACGUGGUUCGUGCUUCCUUAUUUUCUUUCAAACUACCGAACACUUGCUCAUGGAUAUUUGUUUUACUACAAACUAUUUUUGGGGCUUGCAUGCCCAUGUUGUCGGCCGGUUGUGGCCCAUGACUUACCGUUGAAUAUUUCCGCUAUUCAUUGGUUUAAUGUGAUGUUGUUAUGUAUGUUUACUACUGAGUAUGGAUGGAUUGUUUUCUCGAACGCCUUGUGUAAUUAAGUGAGGUUGACCCGUGGGUGACGUCACUUAGUUAUACGGCGGUUGUACACGCGCUUGGAUUGCGGUCUGGGGCGUGACAAGAUUCCUCCUAAAUAUCAACUCCUAAAGUCUAUAAAUACUCAUGUACAUAUCUUGUAAAAAGGGGUCUCUCUCCACAUGAAUAAUACUCUAAUUACUUUCUCACG